AUGGGAGGUAUUGUACAAUGGGUUGAUAGGCAAGAUGAAGAUGAGAUUUCAGUGGUUGAGUUAUUUGAAAUGGUUAAACACCUUGGUUAUGAUGAGCAGAACAUUCAAUACUAUUACAAGCACAAGACAAAUGGUUGGUUAGUGAAACCGAGCCAGCUGUUUGUGUUAUACAUAACUGACAAUCCAGCACCUAAGCCUCUAAAUGUUCAAUCCCUAGUAUUCUUUGCACAAGGUGAAAAUGCUGAACAUUAUGAAGACACUUCUCAUGGAUAUGAUGGUGAUGAAGAAAUUAGGCAAUAUAAGUUUGUGGAUGUUGAGAUAGAGGAAGAAUUUGGUGAGGCAGAGGAAGAAGUUGAGGUAGAAAGUGAUGAAGCUGAGCAAGGUGGAGAGGAUGAGGAAGAAGAUGGUGAUUUCAUAGAUAGUGAGUUUGAGCAAAGUGAUGAAGUGGACAAUAUCAAUUUUCAGAGGUAUGUUGUAACUGAAGAGCAAGAUGAUGGACAUAAAGAACCAGGUGAUGGUGACACUAAUGGUUAUAAUACAUCAGACUUAGAGAGUUUGCCUGAAUAUACUGAAGAUGAAGAUGGCAAGAAGAGAGGUUUGAGGCAGCCAAAGUUCAAGCAGUACAAUAGACAUUAUGACCUUUUAGAUCCAAAAUUCCACUUGGGAUUGGAGUUUCCUAAUAUGCAGGAAUGUAGAGAGGCUAUAAAGUACUAUGCAUGCAAGUGUGCUAGAAAACUAAGGUUUGUGAAGAAUGGCCCUAAUAGGGUGAGGCUCGUAUAUAAUGGUAAUAAGGAGGUUGAUAAGGCAAAGAGGCAUAUUAAGGGUGAAAAAGCAAAGAGGCAUGCUAAAGGUAAUAAGGCAAAGAGUCAUAGUAAAAGUGAUAAGAGUAAGAGGCAUGCUAAGGGUGAAGAAGGUCAAGAGGGUGAAGAUGAAUCUGAAGAUAAACUUGAAGACUGUCCUUGGUUAUUGUAUGCUGCACAUGUUGGGAAAGGGUCCACUACUAGAGUGAAGACAUACCAUCCAAUUCAUACAUGUGGCAGAUCUCAAAGAAGUAGGUUUGCCACUUCACAAUGGUUGACUAAAAGGUUUGAUGAGGAUCUCAGAACCAAUCCUAACAUGUCAGUUGCUGAGUUCAUGACAUUGGUAAGGAAACAUUGCAAUAUAGAUGUUACUAAGGGCCAAUGCUACAAGGUAAAAAAUUUGGCAAAGGAGAUGAUUCAAGGAAGCAUUAAAGAACAAUAUGCAAAGCUGUGGGAUUAUUGUGAGGAGCUUAAAAGGCAAAACCCAGGAAGCACAGUUUUAGUGAAGACAUCAUUGAGAUGA